UUGCUCGGCCUCGUCAGCGACCAAUGGCAGCGCCUCUUGUUGAGUCUUGACGACCGAGGGGAAGCCAAGAUGGCCGGCGAGCAGCGGCCGCCGACGCGGUGGAAGGGGAAGCAUGGUGAAAUGACUGGACCUGACUGGAAGAAAUCAAAAGAUGCCAGAAAACAGGCGCUGAAACAAUUGAAAGAAUUAAAAUUAUUGAAGAAGCUUGAUAAACAAAGGGCGGAGCAGCAGAGAACAAUAGAGGAGCAAAUGAAAAAAAAAGAACUGAAAGGUCGACUGUAUACUAUUAGUGUGGCAUUACCAGGGUCAGUUCUGGACAAUGCCCAAUCUCCAGAAUUCAGGACAUAUUUGGCUGGACAGAUAGCUCGUGCCUGUACGGUGUUCAGUGUGGAUGAAAUUGUAGUCUUUGAUGAACAAGGAGAAGAUGCAAAAACUGUGGAAGGCGAAUUUGGUGGAAUUGGAAGGAAAGGACAUGCCAAUGUUCAACUUGCACGAAUCCUGCAGUACCUUGAAUGUCCACAGUACCUUAGGAAAUGCUUCUUUCCAAAGCAUCGGGACCUAGAUUUUGCAGGGGUCCUGAAUCCGUUGGACAGCCCACACCAUCUGAGGAUUGAUGAUGAUGCAGAAUAUCGGGAGGGAGUGGUUGUUGAUAGGCCUUCUAAGCCCGGGAAAGGAUCAUUUGUCAACUGUGGCUUGAGAAAGGAAGUGCAGAUUGACAAACAACUUCAAGCUGGCCUCCGUGUUACAGUUCGUUUACACAAGAUGGAAAAUUCAGAGAGCAAAGUUUUGAAGGGUUCAGUUAUCGCCCCUGACGUUCCCCGAAUGGAGUCUGGUCUGUACUGGGGUUACACAGUUCGUCUUGCUUCUUGCCUCAGUUCUGUAUUUACAGAGUGCCCAUUUGACGAUGGCUACGAUCUUACAAUUGGUACAUCUGAGCGAGGGUCAGACAUUGACAGCACAAUACUUCCCACAUUCAGGCACAUGUUGAUUGUGUUUGGUGGUCUUCAGGGGCUUGAGGCCAGUGUUGAUGCUGAUCCAAACCUCAACCUUACAGAUCCUUGUGUCCUCUUUCACCACUACCUGAACACCUGCCCUGGUCAAGGCAGCCGUAUCAUUCGUACCGAGGAAGCUAUCCUCAUCACUCUUUCUAUAUUGCGACCAAAGAUUGAUAAAGCACUCAAAAGCUAAUUCAAGUUGAAUUGGUGAAAAUAUUUUGCAUCACAACAUCUUUUAUUCUAACCUUGAAAGAUUAAUUACCAGACAUUGCUCAUUCUCCUGCCUGAAAUUAGAGCCAUCUCUAAAUUACAGAGAUCCCGUUCCCAGCAUGUGUUGGUGUUUACCUAGGAAUCUGCAGAUUGGUUACCAGAUUACAAGUUUUGGGGAAGAUUUAAAAUGCCAAUUUUCCAAAGGUAAUGUUAAACAUCUUCAAUCAUUCAAGUAAUUAUACAGAAUGUGUAGAUGAGAAUCCAAACUGAGUAAUCAUGCAACUGCUAUUCUGAUAUUUUCUGUCAAUUACACAGAAUAAAUGAUUUUAUAGUUGAGCACAUGAGUUCAGGAAAGUUUCUUGUAACCUUUCUUGGAAUCACAUUUCAGACGUGUAGGCUGAUUAUUGACUGCUGUGCAGAAUCUCUCCAGUGUAACACUGCUAUUAAAUUGUAAUUUUAUGAAUUAUUGACA